AAACGGAAAACCCAGUGGAACACCAAUACCGACGGUGACGGCCGACGCCAGGAUAGCGGCCACGGGCUCGAAGCGGGGGCAACCCGGCUCUUGUCCCAAGAAAGGAAUCCGCUCCCCGCUGCCCUCCACGGUGGCGCAUCGCACGUUGAGCCCCAACUUUUCCAGCUGACGCUCUGCAGAAUUGGCCUGAUGGAGCAAAGGCACUCAGCGCAGUUCAGUACAAGAAGGAAACAAUGCGACCAGCAUGCAAACAGCACGGAUCGUACUGGAAACUUGACACAGCACCAGAGAACACACACAGGAGAGAAACCCUUAGAGUGCUGUGUGUGUGGGAAGGCAUUUUCAGAUUCAUCUACUCUUAAACAACACCACAGAACACACACAGGAGAUAAACCUUUUAAGUGCAUUCUGUGUGGGAAGGCGUUUGCAAAGUCAUCAAAUCUUAAGACCCACCAGAGAACACACACAGGAGAGAAACCUUUUAAGUGCAGUGUGUGUAAAAAGGUGUUUGCACGGUCAUCCAUUCUUAAAUCACACCAGAGAACACACACAGGAGAGAAACCUUUUAAGUGCAGUGUGUGUAAAAAGGUGUUUGCACGGUCAUCCAUUCUUAAAUCACACCAGAGAACACACACAGGAGAGAAACCUUUUAAGUGCACUCUGUGUGGGAAGGCGUUUGCAAAGUCAUCAAAUCUUCAAACCCACCAGAGAACACAUACAGGAGAUAAGCCCUUCAAGUGCAGUGUGUGUGGGAAGGCAUUUUUUGAUUCAUCUACUUUUAAACAACACCAGAGAACACACAUAGGAAAGAAACCUUUCAAGUGCACUGUGUGUGAGAAGGCGUUUGCACGGUCACCACAUCUUCAAAGACACCAAAGAACACACACAGGAAAGAAACCUUUCAAGUGCACUGUGUGUGAGAAGGCGUUUUCACAGUCAUCACAUCUUCAAAAACACCAGAGAACACACACAGGAGAGAAACCCUUCAAGUGCACUGUGUGUGAGAAGGCAUUUUCAUGGUCGUCAUAUCUUCAGACCCACAAGAGAACACACACAGGAGAUAAACCUUUCAAGUGCAGUGUGUGUGGGAAGGCAUUUUUUUAUUCAUCUACUCUUAAACAACACCAGAGAACACACACAGGAGAGAAACCUUUUAAGUGCAGUGUGUGUGAGAAGGCGUUUGCAAAGUCAUCAAUUCUUAAAUCACACCAGAGAACACACACAGGAGAGAAACCUUUCAAGUGCACUCUGUGUGGGAAGGUGUUUGCAAAGUCAUCAAAUCUUAAAAAACACCAGAGAACACACACGCAUCAGAAAAUCCACAAGAAGUGUAAUCUGAAAUCAGCUUGUGAAAGUCAAAGUGCUGCAAUGACCCCAUUGUUCAUGAAACAAAAACCAGAAGACAACCCCAGCCUGGACACUUUGAAAGGUAUCAAGGUGAAAUAUGAAGAGGCGAAAGUGAAAUGUGAAGAAGUAACAUUGAAGAGCGUAGAAGUGAAGGUUAAAUUUGAAGAUUCAACUCCAAAAUCGGACCUUCACAUAGAUGGAGGCGGUGUGAAGCAGGAACUAAAUUCUGACUGUGAGGCAGAGCGAGGCAACUCCCAGGAGUUUGUGGAUGUGGAGGUGUGGGUGGACUUCUUAGACAAUACAAAGUCAAAUGGAGACCAGACACUCGAUGGGUGCCCAUAAUGGGCAUCUGCCCCUGUGUGCCACAAGGUGACCGUUCACUGGCCUGCAUGUGGAUAGGAGUUUGUAAGUCGAGGGCGAUGAUUGAUAUGCCAGUCGGAUUUGAACUUUGAACCUCUGCAACAAAUAGAGAAUGUACUACUACUUGGCUUCCCUCUGAGAGUGCUGCACGUAUAGGCCUCAUCGAGUCAGAGAUCAACUUGUAAAUACAUUGCAACGUGACGCAGUACAUUUCAGUAUAGUAAUAAAAUGUUGCCAAUGUGCCCUUUGAUUAUUUUGAAUCAUAAUUGAAAGAAUACCUGUCUGAUUUUGUACGUAAAUACAACGUUUUGUGUAUUAAUGUCAAACAUGGAAUAUGUGAUGUCAGGACAAAGUAUCUGUUUUGGUGGUAACCUGUACAAAAACUCACGUGAGAGCUGUUAUUUUUGUGAUACGGGUCAACGGGUAUUUUUGUGAAUCAGGACGCAUCUGACUGGGGCAACUCAUUGUCUUUGAAAUCGGGAGCAUAGUUGGAUCAUUCAUCAGUUAAGGUAUGCCACUUACAAGUUACGUAUAGGAGAUACAUUUUCUACAAGAACACUAAUUAUCAUUUUGUAUUACGUAUACAUUUUGUCGAACUGAGACUUGAA